AUGCACUGUACUUCACCACACCACACCAUAUUUCACCACACUGCCACCACACCACACCAUAUUUCCAGCACAAUACCACCAUGCCGCUACCACACCAUAUAUCCACUACAAUACUACUAUGCUGCUAUCACACCGCACCAUACACCAUACUUCUACCACAGUGCCACAAUACACUAUACUUCACCACACUGCCACCAUAUAUCCACCACAGUACCACCGUACGACUACCACACCACGCCACACCGCACCAUACACCAUACUUCUACCACAGUGCCACCAUAUAUCCACCACACUGCCACCACACCAUACACCAUACUUCUACCACAGUGCCACCAUAUAUCCACCACACUGCCACCACACCAUACACCAUACUUCUACCACAGUGCCACCAUACCGCCACCACACUGCCACCACACCAUACACCAUACUUCUACCACAGUGCCACCAUACCGCCACCACACUGCCACCACACCAUACACCAUACUUCUACCACAGUGCCACCAUACCGCCACCACACUGCCACCACACCAUACACCAUACUUCUACCACAGUGCCACCAUAUAUCCACCACACUGCCACCACACCAUACACCAUACUUCUACCACAGUGCCACCAUAUAUCCACCACACUGCCACCACACCAUACACCAUACUUCUACCACAGUGCCACCAUACCGCCACCACACUGCCACCACACCAUACACCAUACUUCUACCACAGUGCCACCAUACCGCCACCACACUGCCACCACACCAUACACCAUACUUCUACCACAGUGCCACCAUACCGCCACCACACGCGGCCACCAAUUCCUGCCCAGCUCAUUACCAGCGCGGGGGGGGGGAGCCAGACGGGUCAAGAUGGUGCGAUGGGCGUGGCCUAA